AACCUUUAGUAUCCUUGCUUCGAGGGGAGCUGAGCCGGUCAUUGCUUCAUAUUUGCUUCCGAGGUUGGCUGCAGAAUGAGCCAUAGAAGAAAUAUAAAUUGAUACUUAGCUAGAUAAUGUACCCAAAGCAGUAAUCUUAUAUCCGGGUUAGCGUAAUUGGGCUUCCGUGUUCCUGAGCCUCCUUACCUGGUUGGUGGGUGUGCGCGGGAGCGUGCGAAAAAGAGUCUGACGUCCAUAUGAACAUAAUAGGAACGGGCUACGAUCUUAGGAACGAGCUACGAUCUAAUAGAAGCAAGCGUAAUUAAAAGUGGUGCAAUCGGAAUGAAUCGCCUUGGAAGCGAAACAGCUUGAGGGGAUGAAUUUGCAAUGCCUGCAGGAUGUGAAAUUCUGGUGCACCUCUGUCUUCUGCCUCGCAGCUUGAAACAGCUAUCCAGUUCACUUCCCUUGCCCCUAUGAGAAUCCUGGACUCUUUUCCUCAAAAGCCCAGAAUGGCAGUAGAUGUAGCCAUGCAGUUCUACCUGCGGGCACCCCCUUUGCGGAGAGAAAGCUUUGCCUACAAAAUAGCCCCGAAGAUCAAGAAGCCUUUGCGGCCCUGCCUCCAUGUCAACAGCAGCCCUGUGCUGAACGAGCUGGGGGCAGAGGUCCAAGCUCUGCAGAGGAGCCAGGUGAAAAAAAGGGUUUCUUUUGCUGACAGCAGGGGCUUGGCUCUGACGGUAGUGAAAGUAUUCUCAGAAUUUGAUGACCCGGUGGAUAUUCCCUUGAACAUCACGGAACUGAUAGACAAUAUUGUGGGCCUGACCACAGUGGAUCGAGACGACUUUGUCUUGGAUUUUGUACAGCCUUCCGCAGAUUACUUGGACUUCCGGAAUCGCCUCCAGGCAGACUGCGUCUGUCUUGAGAACUGCGUGUUGAAAGAUAAAGCUAUUGUGGGUACCGUGAAAGUCCGGAAUCUUGCAUUUGAGAAGGCCGUCAAGAUUCGGAUGACGUUCGACACUUGGAAAACCUUCACAGAUUACCCGUGCCAGUACAUGAAGGACACCUAUGCUGGUUCUGAUAAGGAUACAUUCUCCUUUGAUAUUAGCUUGCCAGAGCGCGUUCAAGCCCAUGAAAGAAUUGAGUUUGCAGUGUGUUAUGAAUGUGAUGGCAAAGUCUACUGGGAUAGCAACAAGGGGUUGAAUUACCGGAUCAUAUGCUCUGAACUCAAAUCGGCUCGGGAGAUUUCACAGCCUCAGGGUGAGCCUGAUUUUGGAAUUGCCUUUGAUCAGUUUGGAAGCCCCCGGUGUUCUUAUGGCUUAUUUCCCGAAUGGCCUAGCUAUUCCGGAUAUGAAAAACUUGGCCCUUAUUACUAAAUCAGAGACAUUGGCAUAUAUUUACUGCACAGGAAUGAGGAGGCAGAGAGAAAACCCUCUUGGGGGAGGUGGUUGCAGCCGUGUCCAGGUGGCCAAAAGAACUGCAAGUUGGUAAUUACAGAAAGUGAAACAAAGAGACGUGCAAGAACUCCUGGCUGCAAAGGUUUCUGGGGCAGAUGCUCUCUUCAUUUUCCCUUGAAUUUAAACAAAAGGAGAUGGUCCUCACAGCUGCUGCAGAUCCAAUUCAGCACUUGCUGCUGUAGUUCGGGCGGUUUGGUUCGUGUGCAUCCGUGAGAUAGAUUGCAGUAUUGUGAGCUGUGCAGAACAUAUUUUUCUCCCCUUUGUUAGUUUUCUGUGUUCUGGAGUCAAACGUGCCACACGUCCCUAUACAGCUGACUCUCUGAGGAGAAACAAGAGGCAGGGAUAUGCUAGGCAGUCUUCCCCUCCUCUCUUAAUCAGAUUGUACGAUCUGUGAGCAGCUAAGACGCCCACAUGGAAAAGACUAUAAUUUUAGCUCAGAUGAUCCUUUGCUUCCUUCCAUUUUAGGAAUUGCCUUGUUUGUGGGAAGAUUCCAGGAUGCUUACUCACCAUUCUGCCUGUAUCUCUCUUCCUAAACAUAUAUGUACAUUUCUUUCAGUGGCUGAGUCAGAUGAGCCCUUUGUAGCCCAGUCAUAUGGUCUACCCUUAACCAACCUGGUGCCCUCCAGGUGUGCUAGACUUUAGUUCCUAUAAUCCCCAGGCAGGACAGCCAGUGGCCAGAAGACCAGGUUGGAGAAGGCUGAUGUAGCAUUUUAGCUUCCACAAUAAGUGAUGAUUUUAUAUAGGUGAUUUUAUUUAUCUCCCUUGACAGCUUCUUUAUUAAUGGCGGUGGACUGUUAAGAAUAAAAUUGUUUUUAAGUGUUAACUGUUCAUGACACCAUCUUAUUUAAAUAUAGUUUCUUUGGGGCCUGCUGGGAUUAGUCAUCUGGGGAAAGAACAGUCUAAAAUUCCAUUUUGUUUCAUGAAUUUUAUAAAAUGCCUUUAAAUGGAAUGUUAUUGACAUAAAUGUCAAAUAAAGAAUACCCACUAAGUCUGGUUUCCUAUUGCCCUCCUCAGUGCUUAUAGGAGCAUUUUAGCUCAGUGGUAGAACAGAUACUUUGGAUUCAGAUGCAAGAAUGCUUGGCCUCUCUAGGCAUAUUAAACUCUGUGUCAGGCUGUUCUCAGCAGGCUGGACUUAGAACCAAUUAAACAGGCCUACAAGAAUCCAGGAACUUUUGUUAAGUAGCUUUAUUAUAGAAAAGCUAAAAGCCAUUAUGAAUGAAUUCCAGUGACUGCUGUGUAUCAAACAUGAGUCCUUUUUAUAAUGAAAUCAGUCUUCAAAUUCAUAUCACUUCCUUCUGUCUGAGCUAUGGGCUGGACGGCCCUGUCUUUUGACAGAAAUCCUGGUCUCUUGUUUUGGUAAUGGGCAGGUCUGAUACCAGGUUGUUUAGCUGGAAUAACAACUUCCUAUCUGGUAGAGUUGAGAGGGAAAGAUGGUUAACCAAAAAUGGUAAAUCAUUCCUUGUAUGCAGAGCAAAACAAUCCAAAAAUGUUGCUUCAUCUUCACAAACUCAUCACUGUUCCUUUUCUAAAAUAUUUUCCCCUAUUGGCAGAUAGUAAACUACAGGUGAUCGCAAUGUUUUUUCAUUAAUUGGAGGCCAAUCCCUCUCUGGUUCUUGUUUAAUACUAAAGAAAGCCAUUCAGACUUUCCACCUUGGAUUAUAAAUCCAACUGAUUAGAAAGUUGACCCAUUUCAGCGCUUGGUUGUGGUGUCUAUAACAAAACAGUGAAAUUACUCUUGACAGCUGAAACAUAGGAGAGUUUCAUAGCUCAGCCUUAAAGCAAGUCAGUUGUUUGGGUUCCACUCAAUAGCGGUGAUAGAAUAAGUAGCCCCAUAAAUAGUUUUGCUUUAAGUGAAGCGGAAGUAUAACCUGAGGAUUUUACACUUAGUACCUAAUGCUUAGAUUAAUUCUUUGUGUUCCCUGUUCAGUCUGAAGAAUCUUGACUUGGAAAGGGGUUCAUGCAGGCCCCUAGGCAAUUUUGGAAGAGCAGCAAUGACCAAGCUUGAUCACUUAGCGUGAUACAAGAGCCUUGCCCUAGAAUAUUAGCUUGUGGUUAAAAAUGGGAAAGUCUACCAGCAUGCCACAGCUCAUUUCUUACGGAAAUAUGAAAACCCAGCAUUUCCUUAUCUCCCUGUAACGGGUCCUGUCAUUUCAUUUGUGUGCGUUCAACCUGAAAAAAUACUUGGCACUAGAGCUGUUAAGUAGCUGCUUAUUAGAAACUUCAGCACAAACACCCAAUUGGUCUUAGAUAUUGGUGCUUUAAAAAUAAAGACCCCUUCCGAGGGUGUGAUCAGCAGCUGCAAGCCUAUAUGAUAAAGCUGGAUCCGUACAAAGAGGUGACUUGGCUUCUCGUACCUGCAUCCUUCCCCACUGCCAUUUGAAAAGUGAGAGCCUGAUUUCUUUAGCAAUGGGGUUUAUUCUGAGAAAAAGGAUUUCGGGACUGAUUCUUUCUGUGAAGGAAAAGUGAUCUAACUAAAUCCUCUAGUUGUUUGUUGGGAGCUUAAUGUGAUAAAAGAAAUCAUUUAUUUUCCUGAGGGACAACUCGUAAUAAAAUGCAUACAUUAACUGCCUUUAGAGCUCUUAAGGGAAGAAGUAGCAAGAAGAUUUUUAGAACCGGUUGGAAGUAAAGCCACCGAACGCAGCACUGUGUAAGUUCAGAAGAAAUAUAUAUCAUAACCUUACCCUUCCUGAAGGCCUCCAGAUGCUGCAGGAGAUGAUGGGAUGGUUGUACAUGGGUCUGGGAGGGCCCGAGAGGGUAGAAGGCUGAUGUGUAAAUUUGUACUUAGAGAGUAGAAAAGUACUUUAAAAUACAAGCUUGGGAUUGCAAGUGGGAAGGUUGCUGUAGGUUACAAGAAAUGUUUUACUCCUUGUGUAUAUUCAAGAAAUAAUCCCCAAAAGCCAUGUGCAAAAUCCAUUCAUUCAUGGGAAAAAUUCAUACAUGCAACCCCUCAAUAAAAUUGCAAAUGUGGACUGUUCACAGCUGCCUUGCAUGUUGAAUCAAAAUGUCAGUGGAAAGAACAAGCUGGUGUAACUUAAUGCAUUACCCUUAUUCUUCUGAUCAGGACCAUUAUGUGACCCUAUUUAGCAGCCAGAGUGAGGUUUCUUUCUGUAGGCCUUGACCACACUACACAUCUUUAUAAAUCUCGAUCCCACUCAAGUGGCCCAUCCCUCUGUAUUCCUCAUAUUUCCACCAUGUCUAGGGAUUUGAUGCAGGACUGCAACAUCCCAAACAACAAUCUUGGACUGAAGAACUCCAGACAAACUGGACACAAACCAGUUGGGCUGCUUCAGUCCAAAGGUCUGGAUGCCAUGUAUCCCUUAACUCAGCCUUCCAAAGGCCUUAUGCUGGAAUGAAAUGGCUUCCUCUGAUAGUACGUAAAACUAUUCUAAAGGUUUCCAAGAAAGUAGGUUAAAGUCUUGAACAUCAUGCCAAAAGGGCAAGGACAAGAAUAGGCCACGCUGAAGGGUGCAGGUGAGAGGAAAGAGGCCAGGCACACACCACUUGCUGAACUCAAGGGUGCAGAACCUGAGCUGCUUGGACUGAAUGUACCUCUGAUUGGAUUUUAAUAACAGGAGUAAUCGUUUUAACUAUAGGUAGUGCACCCCUGCACAAAGUCAUACUUAAGUUUGCUUGGUUUGGCUUAGUUUGUUUUGUGGACAGCCAUUGUGGUUUGUAAACCCUGGCUUAUGGAGGAGGCAUGUGUGAAUCCUGAUAAUUGGAUUAUUUAACAGAUCUAGCUUAUUGUGACAGGUGAGUAGAAAGAAAGAAAAAGUUGCUCGGCAAUGUGAAAUGCGAAACCAUAAUGGCUAUAACAAAUGCACUUUUAUUUCAGUCUUCUUUCCAAACUUUAAAGCCAACUUCUUGGACUUUCUUGUUUCUCUUGCCUGUAUGAAUGUAAUGAGGAAUAGUCCUUUUUUUUUUUUUUGCUUCAGGGUGCCUUGCAUGUUCUUAAAUAUAGUAUAUUUUUUACACAACUGAAAAAUGCACUUUACAAUCACAAUGGAUUUAUUUUGUGUAGUGUUUUCUGAACUGUAAUGUUUUUAUCUGAGAGCAAAUAAUAAAGAAAAUGUUACAAAUAAAAUG